UGACUUUUACAAUAUCGUCUGCUUUUAGAUUCGUUAUAAGAGUGUGUUAACUUCAGCAGACUAUUCCGAGGUUACGACAAUGACGAAGUAGCUGUUGUACGUCGGAUGUUUUAGGACGAAAAAUGUUUCCGAGGAAACUGUUACUGUGAUAUUUAAGUUAAUAGCUAAUGGGAAAUGGAAUGAACAAGGUUCUUCCAGGGUUAUAUAUUGGUAAUAUCCGUGAUUCAAAGGAUCAGGAACAGCUUAAAGCGAAUGAAAUUACUCAUAUUAUAUCUAUUCACGACAAUGCCAAACAGUUAUAUCAGGAUAAAAAAUAUUUAUGUAUCCAAGCUUCGGAUUCACCCGAUCAAAAUAUCAGCCAAUAUUUUCCACAAUGCAACGAAUUCAUUCACCGAGCAAGAACAAAUGGGGGAAGUGUUCUUAUUCACUGUUUAGCGGGAGUUUCUCGAAGUGCUACAGUUGCUGCAGCGUAUAUCAUGUCUAGCACAACACUCAACGCCCGGGAUGCCGUUAAAGUAAUAAGAACAGUAAGAGCUAUCGCUAAUCCAAAUUUUGGAUUCGAAAAACAAUUAAAAAAUUUUGAAAGAUGUCGUUUGGGCGAGGAAAGGAGAAGGUUAAGGAAAAAAUAUCCUGAGAGCGAUUAUGACGAAGACGAUAAAGAAUGCCAUCGACUAUUAGGCGAAUUUUGUAGUAGUUUUCAUGACAUAGGAUCAAAACCCUCCACGACAACGUCACAUCAAUAGAAGCAAUACUUUUUACAUCCCUCGAUUUCUUUAUCUUUUGUUAUUUUUAAUAAAACCGUACCUAAAAAAUUUCAACAUAAAAAAAUAAUUCUUCUCUUCUCAAUGCCAAAUUGUGUAUCCUUUACGAGGUAAAUCAAUUUUAUUAAAUUAUAUUCUAAUUAUCACAUUCGAUCUUAUUAAUUAAUAUAAUAAUGCACUCAUUACAUAAUUAUAUCAUACAUAUAUAAUAUUGUACAUACGAAAGAACGCCAGAAGAGAAUUACUUUGUAUUUUGAUAUUUUGUUGAAUAAACAUAUAUU